AGAUCCUAGCGAACAGAAUUAGAGGUAUAAUGCCUUUAAUUAUAAGCAAUUCCCAAUCUGCAUUCAUUCAAGGGAGAAGUAUCAUGGAUAACAUUCUGUUAGCACAAGAGUUAGUCAGUGGGUAUAACAGGAGGCAUCUUUCAUCUCGUUGUGCGAUCAAAGUUGACAUAAUGAAGGCAUUCGAUUCAGUCAACUGGAGGUACUUGUUCAUCAUGAUGAAAACUAUGGGAUUCCCUGAGAAAUUUCUAUUGUGGAUCAGAAGCUGCCUGCAAACUGCACACUAUAGUUUCAAUAUAAAUGGCAGUCUAUGUGGGUUCUUUCGUGCAAAGAAGGGGGUUAGGCAAGGUGACCCUUUGUCACCUUACCUAUUUACAAUUGCUAUGGAGGGCUUAUCCACACUGCUGAGAGAAGCUAGCCUAUCAGGGAGGGUGCCUUUUCAUCCUCAAUGUAGAAGGGUGGCCCUGAAUCAUCUCUGCUUCGCUGAUGAUCUUCUCAUCUUUACCAAGGGUUCUGCACAGGCAAUUGUACAAGUUAAAGCUGUUUUACAACACUUCUAUAGGGUUUCUGGACUCAAUUGCAACCCAACAAAAUGUGAAAUCUAUUUUGGUGGUGAAUCAGUGCUAUAUAAAAGUAAUGCUCUAGCACUUUCGGGUUUUCAAGAAGGAAAGUUGCCAGUUAGAUACCUGGGGCUGCCUCUUCUGGCAGGAAAACUCUCUUCCUCUGAAAUUGAUAUCCUAGUUGACAAAAUUACAAAACGCAUCAGAUCAUGGAGGGCUAAAAAGCUCACUUAUGCAGGGAGACUCCAGCUACUGAAUUUUGUGAUACUAGGCAUUGUUCAAUAUUGGAUGCAAUUAUUUGUUUUGCCUAAACAAGCAUUAAAGAGGAUUCAAAAAAUUUGCUCACAGUUUUUAUGGCAUGGUACUGAUGAGGGUAGGGCAAAGGUUGCCUGGGAGUAUAUUUCACUACCUAAGCAGGAAGGGGGACUGGGAGUGAAGGACCUGGGAGCAUGGAAUCAGGCAUGUUCUAUUCGUUUGCUUUGGCUGUUUCUCAUGAACUCUGGAACACUUUGGGUGGCGUGGAUGAAUGAAUACAAAUGCAGGCAACAUGAUCUAUGGUCUUUUCGGGUGCAAUACAAUAGUUCUUGGGCCUGGAGGAAGCUCCUGAAGCUGAGAGAUGUGAUCUCACUCUGGAUGAAGAAGCAGAAUGGCAAGGUCUAUUGGGAUUCGAAGGAAAUGAUGGUUUACUCCAUUCGCAGGGUCUGGGAAACCUUGAGAAACAAGGCUCCCAAGGUCUCUUGGUACAAGCUAGUCUGGGGCAGGAAUUGCCCACCUCGCUUCAGUUUGAUUGUUUGGUUGAUUUUAAAGAAGGCUAUCAUUACAAAAGAUAAGUUGCAGAAGUGGGGCAAAAUCAGAGAUGCUUCUUGCCCACUCUGCGAUUUAUCAAUUGAAAGCAGAGAGCAUCUCUUUGUUCAUUGCUCAUAUUCGCGGUGUCUUGCUGAGGAUUUGAGGUGCAACCUCCUGCUACACCCAGAUUGGGAGACGAUGGUAAGUGCAAUGACACAGGUAGGGAGUACUAGAACAAGAGAAAGGCAUGCCCUGCUUUGGUGUUUGCUUUUGACUUUUAUAUGGAAGGAACGUUGUGGAUUGAUCCAUGGAGUUCAGCGUCGUCCCCCUGCUCAGGUUGCAGACUUGGUUCGAGCUGAUCUACAGUUUAUUGCUUCUGGAAAUAGAGGAGUUAGAGAUACAUUAGUUGAGCUAGGGUACCUAUAGAAAGGCUUUUCAGUGUUGGUAGUUAGCUAGUUUACAUAGUUACUGUUAGAAGUUGGAGUUGUUCUUCUGCGCGAGAUUCUUUUCUCGACUCGUUGUAUCGGUUCUUCUUGGAAUAAAAGCAACUGAUUCAACGAAAAAAAACUUAACAUACUAAAAAAGAUGGAUAAACACUUCAACUAAUGAGGUUUACAAUAUAGCAUUGUUUAGAACUUGGUACUCUCCUCCCUCACUCCCCACUGCUCACUUUGCAAUCACUGAUUUUCAUUCCUAUAUCUUGUAAACCACAUACAAAAUGUAUGUUAUAAAUAACUAUUCUCAUGUUGUUUGUCUCACACAAAUAUCGAGAACCUUAGUUGAUCAACAUUAGUAUAUCUAAAUCCCUAAGAAUCAAAAUUAAAAAACCCCACUUGAAUGAAGCACAAAGACAAAUUAUUAUGGUGCAUGAGUGGUGAGCCAAUAAUUUUCUGCACGUAUGUAAUGGAAAACAAAAAUGAAUCACUUACCAUAUGCACGCAAUCGGCAACCUACAAUCGUGCUUACCAAUUCAGCGAGGAGGUCCAAUAUAGAACUCUAUUAUCAUCCUUAGGAAAGACGCUAUGCACAACCAAUGGGCUGUCAUAGUGCCUGAGCUUUCAAAAAUUGAGGUUAGCUAAAUAAGAAGUUAUGGAGUUACUUGACUCUUUGAAGGACAAUGAGCAGCUAAUUGAAAAGUUCAUUGCUUAUGACGAGGAGACCAAGUUUUCUUGACUCAAGAUAAAAAUGAGUUACUGUGAAGGUUUUUAGAAGAUGUAUUUUCAAAUUCUUUACUAAUUUCUUACGAACUUUGUUCUUCGGUUGGUUGUUUACUAUUUUCUUACAAACCUUUUUCUUUGGUUGGUGUAUUGGACUUCACUUGACUACUCGAGAUAGAAGUUGUAGUUUGGCAAGGAAAUUUUUAAGCAACCUGUCUUUACUCAAUGGAUACAAAACACCCAUGUUUUAGCACCUAGCGCAACAGCUCCUACUCCUAGUGCAACAGGAAACACCUAUUUUACUUGUUAAUCUCUUCCACACAACAUUUGAAUUGUGUGGAUCUAGGACUAGGUUCUGCUAAAAUGCGUUAGUUAAAUUAAACAUUGUGAACGUAGACUCCUAAAACCAACUUGUGUUGUCUAAUGUGAGUCCGAAUCUAGGACUAUGAGCUGCUAUAAUGUAGAGUCAGGGUGGUAAGAUGCAGCUUCAAUGCAAGGCCUCCAGGGACCAUGUAUGGGUGUGUUAGAAACCUAACUUACCUUGUAAAUUUUGGGUUUUCAUCACAACUUGCUCUUUGCGUUGCUACUAACAAUAGUGGUUGGUUUAGCACGACGAUGAUUGUAACCAACACGAGUCGAGGAACUUCCCUCUCAGCCGAUGCAACAUUGGUGGUGUCAUCAAAGGCUAUGAAAGGAUCAGUGCAGUAGUGUUGAUUGAAAUGCAAUGUAUCUUGCUCCACGGUUCAUUUUCCAAGCUCCUGGUCUUCCUCUCAAUUGAGAUCCCCAUUUUUUGUAGUCCAGUGAUGUACUUCACGAGAUGUAGUCCUCGGUCUUUGAGUGAUCCUUAUGAACAUUUCUCGCUAAAAUGCUUACUAGAAACCAACCACUAUAGUUGACCACCUGCUUACUCCAAAAAAAUCCGGCUUCUUCUCACAAAUUUCUCAUUGAAAUGUUUUUCUCAGAUGAGGCGUGAGAUUAUAGUUUUGAUUUUGGGCAAGGAACUUCCUUUUUUAGAGAACACCUUGGAAAUAUUUGAAAAAGAUCGAGUAGAUAGAGAUGACCCAAUAAGUGAUGAUAAAAAAAAAUUUGAUGAGUACCACAAUGUUGAAUAUGAGUUGGGAAUUGAUGAUAUCGUUAGGAUGCAUAUACCAACCUAGAUUUUACUAAAAUAACCAACAGAAAACAAUCUAUCUCGAUGCUCGAAUACUAGUGUCAUUGCUAAGAAUCUAUCAUUUUCAUUGCUUGUUAUGAAGAGAUCAAACGCUCUUGGCUCUAGUUACGAAUUUUGCAAUAAUAUUUACUCAAAUGUGCUUUAAGAAGUUGUCCUAUUUUUUAUAUGUGAUUUGCAAUAAUAAUAUUUUCACCAGCUCUUAGUGUAAUUUCAUCAAAGGAUUAUGGACAAUGAGCCGCUAAUUGAAUUCAUUGGUUGAUUAAGAGAUCAAGCGCUCUUGGCAAUAAUUAAUAACUAGCUCAUUGCCCGGCCCUUGGCCGGAUGUAGUCUCGGAAAUUGACUUUUUGAUUGUAACUGAUGUUACUCGUUAACAUGUAUGUGGCGAUGACAGGAGGUAGGUCAACAAUACCAUAAUAAUAUGAUGGAAAGUCAUUAUUCCAUUGCAUUACAAAAGAACCAGUAAAACAUAAACACUAUAAUAGACAAUCCAAACCAAGCCAUUAGCCUUCAAUAUAGCCACUAUUGCCAUGCACCAUGAUGCCCCUAGAGUGAACAUGAAAAAACUAAAGGAAUGUUUACCUGACUCCAACUAUCGAUGGUAAAAAUGGAAGUCACCAAGAGAUUUCAUAAGAAAAAUCCAAUAUAGAUUGCCCUUAGACCAAAAACCACAGUGAUACAAAAUGCGAUGAAUCUCUGGCUGAGAAAACAAAAACCAGCAAUGUCUAAAUCAACUCGAUGGAAUGCGUCGGUCAAUUUUUUCUGAUAAAUAGUUUUGUUAAUUAAAAUGACAAAAAAAAAAGAAAUACAAAGCAUGCAAUCUGCUUUAGAAAUGUCAUAUACAAAACAAAAGAAACAGGCAAGCAAUAUCUGUCUGGAAGCACCAAGAGAUAAUAACUUCUGUCAAUAUACCUCCCCAUUAUUACGAUUCUUAUCCUUCUCUACAGCAAACACACUGAUUGGUCCACUCUUACUCCUUUUUCGUGGAAGCUACAUGACAUUUUGCAUCAUUGCAUAUUAAUUCAAACUACCAUUCCUUGCUGCAAUUUAUGGCUUGGGAUAAUAUCAUUUCAGUCGUAAUACAAAUUUACAUGAAAUGAAAGAAAUGAUCAUUAUAAUAGUCUUGUAAAAUUUAGAGUACCAAUGGCGAUUCCUCUCUUCUCCUCGGUGGCUUCUGCAAUAAAAUGAGAUUGAUGACUAUCUCUACCAACGUAUUUUAUACGAUCAUUGUAUGACCUUUUGUAUAAACCAUUUUUAUCUCACCCAUUUUCGCAUCACAACUCCAAGAGCUAACUUGUUGGGGUUCUCUUCUAGGUAAGCAACUUGUAUCAAUAUCAUGCAUGAAAACAAAAAUUGCUUUGGUUGAGAUACUAUAAGGAUCUUGUGAUGCGCUGAAGAAGGCUAAACCGUUUCCCAUACAUUGUCAACCCCCAAUCAAUUUGAUGUAAGUCAUUGCUCUCUUACCAUCUAAAUUAAAUAGGAAGCUCAAGUUGACCUCUUUUAUAGCUUCACUUGACAAUUUCUUAGAGGAGAUAAAAUCACGAUUCACAAUUCUAGAACAACCACCUCCGAUAAUACAAUCUUAUGGAAACAACACUAAUGAAGCACCCAAAUUACAAUUCCGUACAUGUUUCCUAUGAGGGUGUGCAUGUGCAAAUCAAGAAAAAUAUAAUGAUUAAGGAGAGAGCUUACUUGGCACCCGGCUUUGAGGAGCAAAAAUCCCUUCAAUAAAUUCCAGGUGGAGAUGUCCAAUCGAUCGGGUCUAGACAUACGUAUAUAUCAACAUGCUAUACUAAAAACACAAAGAGUUCGGUUUGUCCUUCCCAUGACAACAUAUUCUCACAAUGUAUUUAUUCCUUGCAGAGAGAAUGAUAUCAAACCAUCUUCUAUCUGCUCCAAUUAUGGUUAUCACUCGUAUUUUUAUAUUGUAGUAAUUAGAACACCACUUUUAAAUCUGGAAGCAAGUGACACUGUCACAAAACAUCAUAUUGUAAAUACUUAUAUGCAAUCAUGAGGUUAUUCCACUAAAAAGAAACCAUGUUUUAUAUAUUGAAGAUUAGCAUUAUAACUUGAAUAGUUUAAUUUGGAAAUGAUCUCAACUCUUACAUAUAAAUUUUGUGUAAAAGUGUUAUGAUUGAAGCUAUUCUCUAUGUUAACACUAAUCAGAAUAGUCAUUGUUUACUAAAACUAACCACAAAAACAUUUCAAAUCGGAAAAAUGAUGGUACUAAACAGGGGUAUCAUAACAAAAGCAACAAAAAUUAUAGCUAUUUAUCUUUAAUCAUCUCAAAAGUCAACGUAGAAGAUCAGCCAUAUGAACUGAUAUUAAGAGAUCACACUUUGCUCUCAAAGAAACUAAAUAACCCAUCAUUCAGCUCUCCAAGCAAGAAGACUCAACCUUUCGAUAUUUACCCCUCCGAAAAUUGCUUUGCAUAACAGUAUAGGUGGAGAAGGUUAGGCGGUUGUCGAGUCCGAUUUAAAGGUUUGGAGAGACGACAAUGGUUGAGCGUUUAGUAGGCCGAGAGCCCGGGACACUGUAUAUCUUUAAUCAACUCAAAAGUCAACCUAGAAGAUCAACCUAGAAGAUCAACCAAAUGAACUGAUGUUAAGAGAUCACUCAUUACUGUCAAAGAAGCUAAACAAUCCACCAGACAGCUCUCCAAGAACACUCAAACUUUCCAUAUUUACCCCUCCGAAAAUUGCGUUGCGUAACAAUAUAGGUUGAGGAGGUCAGGCAGUUGUCGAGUCCGGUGGGAAGGUUUGGAGAGACGGCGAUGGUUGAACGUUUAGUAGGCCGGGACACCAUUUAGACCCAUUUACAUUAGUUGCGUCUUUUCAAUCCGCAUUCGACAAACCAGCAUCACUCAACCUUUCCAUAUUUAACCAUCUUGUAAAGACACAUGUGCCCCCUAUUCAAUCAAAACUUUUAUGUUCAAAAAUAUUGUUGCUUUAUGGUAGUUAUAUUAUUUAAGUCUAUGUCAAGAUUUUUGCAUCGCUUCUACACAUUCAAUACUGCAAUCCGAUGUGCAAUAUUUGCACCAAUGACAUUAGGCUUGCGAUUUAAAAUUAUUCUCCAUUUAUAAGAUAAAUAGAAAUAGAAAUAAUUAUUAAAUUUGAAUUAAAAUAAUCAAAGUAUGAGAAUAGAAGUAUCAAAUACCAAAAAUAUAUUUAGGGUAGAGUUAGUGGCUUAGCUAACUAUGACAAAAAAUUCCUAUGAUUUUCCAGAUUUAUACUUUCUGUAUGUUUUUAAUUUAAAAAUUUUAAACAAAUUUUUUUAGUGUAA